CUUUCAUUCCGGCUUUUUAUGCUAAUGAUAUUCUAAUAGACAGCUGUAUGCAGUAGUAGUAAGAGCAUGCGCAGUGCGUGGAAAGAAUACGGCGAAGAUUCAAAGUUUUUGUUCAAUUUUUUGCCAUAACACCAACCAACAAGCAGACUAUGUUUGGCUUCCACAAGUCAAAGAUCUACCGGAGUAACGACGGCUGUUGCAUCUGCAAGACCAAGUCCUCCAGCUCACGCUUCACAGACAGCAGUCGAUAUGAGGAGACGUUCGGGCUCUGUUUUGGGUUGUCAGAAGACCGUGUUGGAGACAUUUGCAAUGCCUGUGUGCUGCUGGUGAAGAGGUGGAAGAAGCUUCCCAAUGGCUCCAAGAAGAACUGGAACCAUGUGGUGGAUGCCCGAGCUGGACCAGGCUUCAAGAUGACAAAACCCAAGAAGAUCAAGAACGGCGAUGGAAAGAAGAAAAGCAAACUAAAGAAGCUUCACAAAUUAAAGAGACAAACAGACUCAGACGCCCACAGCACCACCUCCAGUGUGUCUCCAGCGCAGUCGCCCAGUUACAGCAACCAGUCAGAUGAUGGCUCAGACAUCGAGUCCAAACAAAGACGCCCGACUCCCUCCAUCUUCUCCUUCCUGGACCGUUCGUACUGGAAAAGGCAAAAGGUGUGCUGUGGGAUCGUCUAUAAGGGGCGGUUUGGAGAGGUGAUCAUUGAUCCUCGACUCUUCAAGCCCUGCUGCAGUUCCAAAAAACAAAAGACUCUGGCGUCCACGCAGGCGGCCGCACACCUUCCAGACACACUUCCUCCACAGCUGCCAGAAGACAUGAAAGAAACCUGGUGAUUGCUCCUGUUGAAUCCCCCUGUAGGGUUAUCCAUGGCAUCACCUGGAUUUGUCUCCAGUGGCAGACCUCUCAUUUCCACUCCCCCCCUAAUUAGACCUGUUAGUUAGACGUUUCUUUUCCACGUAAUGUUCCUUUUUAUAUGGGUAUUUUUUUAAACUUUUGUAUAGAGUUGAUUUUUCUUUUUUUAUAGAAAGCAGAAAAAGCAACAAAAAAAAAAACGUAUUAUGGGCAUUAGUGUUAUUUAUAGGUUGAGGAAGCGAAUUUUUCUCAAGGCUCCGUUUCUGAUUCUGAAUCUUUGGUUAUUCUGUAUUAACGUUAUGUAAAUAUUUUGUCACUUUUUCUUACAUAUCAAGACUGUUCUAUUUUUUUCUUCGUAAUUUUUCUCAAACUGUAAGUAUGCAUAUGAAAAACACCAGCUAUUCUAAUACCAGCUUUGUUUGUGUAUGUUGGAAUGACUCUUCAACAUGUUGCUGCAAUGUUUUCCAACCUGUUUGUUCCAUAUGUGUGAAUGCACGCGUCUGUAGGAUGUUGUUUACCCCAGGGAUCAUUAAUACAACUGUUCUAUGAAUUUAAUGAGCUUUUGAUGCAUGUGCGUGUAAUCUCUCGUCAUUUUCACAGCUGAAGCACGCUACAAGUUUUGAAACACUCCAUUUUGAUUUGUUGGUGCACAUUGACUCAGAUAGAUGUGGUUAGACCAUGCAUGCAGUACAUUCCUCCGCCUUUUGGAAUGACAAAAGUGAUUUAUUUAUUUCUUUUGUACAGCCUCCAAUGAAAUGACAAUGCAUGUUAUAAAGCAAAUGUUUUUAAAAUGGAUUUUGUAAAUACACAGUGUUUUGGCUCUCGGUACAUCCAAAACCUUUUAAAUUACAGAAAUGGCAAAGCACUACUUCUGUAAAGAAAAUGUUUUUGUUUGUCUGAAAGGUGCUGAAGACAUGUAUUUUUACGCUAAGCCAGUUAAUAGGUUUUAUCACAUUUUCACACAUUUUCUCAGACAUAUUUCUGUAAAGACGUUUAAAACUCUGCAUAAAUAUGUGUACACUGCAGGGAACAGUAGAUUUUUAAUUGCAGCGUCAUCAGUGAGCUGCAAUGUUGCUUGUGUGUUUGAGUGCUAAUGGCAUGCAAUGGUCAGAAACUGAACAUACAGGAAACAUGUUUAAUGAUUACUCUACUUUUUUUGCCAGAAAAAUACUGUUAGAGAAAUUGUGUGAUUACCAUUGCUGUGAUUUAUUUUCAAAAGCAAUUGUCAAAGUUCAAACUAUGCAGACAUUUUGAAUGUGAGAAGUGCUCUGGGGCUGUCUGUCGCUUUCACUCUAAUAGUGUAAAGUGAUGGAUCCUUACUCAACCAAAUUGGCUUGUAAAAAGCAUCCAUUAUCUCAGCAAUAAUUUUACAUUUUCCUAAUCAAAAUUCAUAAUUGUCUCAAGGCUUUUCAUGUGUAUGUCAUGUAAAAUAAUGCUCAGACUGCAGGUCAAGCCAUGGUGUAUACUGUCUCUCUAAUUAAUACUGAAGUGACACGGUUGCUUUUUUUUGUUUCGUGGUUUUUUGUUUUUUUUCUCUAUUACUGUAACCAAUCUCAAACUUCAUGAAUUGACAGGCGAUGUUCUGUAAAGUUGCUUAAUAUAUAAACUUUUCUGCGGCAGGGUAGUUUAAAUGCUGAACAUGUUUUAUGAUUCUUAUUAAAAGGAGAAAUGCUGCUCCCUUUUACGCUGGGAAAAUAAGCUUGUUUUUGUCCUUAGGGAGUUGCCAUAUUGUUUUUGCGAGGUACAUUUUGGGAUGUGAGAUGUGCCUUAAUGAAUUACCUGACCUUGUCAUUAUGAUUCUCGUGUAAUUUAUAUUUAUUUAUUGCAAAAACUUUUUUUUUUUAAACUGACGUUUUGAUAACUGGUGUAGAGCCUUUCAGAAAGUCUGUUUUUAAUUUUGUGCACUUCUUUUGAACUUGCAAUGUAGAUGUUUUUAAUACUUUUUUGUAUAAUGUACCACAAUGUAGAUCUGUAUUGUAAUAAAAAAAAGAAAGGAAAAUGGUGUACCUGUGAU